AUAAUCGCAAAUGACUCUACUGCUGCACCUUGAACACAGCAUACUUGCGGCAAAUGUCGCGGCGGAAGAUCUGCCUUAGCGCCAUCGCAGUGUCUUUUGUCGAACGGCAGCGAGGCUUGGAUGGCGCCAACACCGCACAGCCCAUGUAUGCGGUCGAUAAACCAGAUCAGGGUCCGCUCCCCGUACCCUCCAUCCACAUCCUGCAGGGUGAGCAGGCCGCCCAGGCUUUUCCCGAGUUUUGUUCCGGCGUCGAUUCCUCUGCUGAAAAAGCUGCCCAUAGGAGACGCCAAUACCUGCACUGUCUUAGGAUCAAUAUAUUCAUAUCCAGAGUUCUAGACACUCUCCACGUAGUCUAUGAUGGAAACCACAGUCCUCUCUCAUGCUGCCUAUCCAAUAUAUAUGAAAUUUACAUUUUGACCCGUACUAUCACAAGAACCGGGAUAUGGUAUUUUCACUUUGACAGUGCACCAUGGAUUUAGAGUGAAU